AUAAAGGACCCUGUUGCUGCCAGCCAGGAAGUCGCGCCAAGUGCCGGGGCGAGGUCCCGGUCACCCACCCCGCACCAGACCUCCUUUUUUUUUUUUUUUUGCGGGGAACAGUUGGAACCAGCGUUGCGGGUGGGGGUUGGGAGGCAGAGGAAGCAGGCCGGCUGAGGAAGGCCAACGGCAGGGAGAGGGAGCCCGAGAGCCUCGGUGUUGCUCAUCCUCUCACCCGGAUGGUGCUGAAGCUGUUCACGGGAACACUGAAAAGGGCGGAUGCUUCUGCUAUCCACUCGGUCCAUUUGCUCAUCCUUCCGCAUCGUUCCAUGUGAAUCCUCCAACUGGAUCUCUUGCAUCCGUCGGUUGAACGAACCGGGAGAACCGCGCUGUGGGGGCAGAGAGUUACGCUUGCGCGGCUGCCCGGUGAACGCCGACGCCGGCCGGGCCUGCUUUCGAUUCGCCUCGACAGUGGAGCGAGUGGGGGAUGUUGGCCGGAUGACUUGGAGCUCGCAGAUGAAAAAUACAUAGGAGCGAGGAAAAGCAAAACAAAAUGGAGGAGGCUGCUCUUCGAGAUUCACGGCCGGUUGCGCAGGCCACCGAGGACGCAUCUAUGACACAGCAGGACGAGGCCCUGCUGGAAGAAGAGAUGGAGAGACUAUUAGAGGAAAACGACGACCUGAAGUGCGAGAUCAAGGAGAUGAGGGCCGAGAUGGACGAAAUGCGUGACACGUUCUACGAGGAAGACACGUGUCAGCUGCAGGACAUUAAGCGCGACCUGGAGCGGGCCAACAAAAACUGCCGGAUCCUGCAGUACCGCCUGCGCAAGGCCGAGAGGAAGCGCCUGCGCUACGCCCACACGGGGGAGAUCGACGAGGAGCUUCUCAGGAGUCUGGAACAGGACCUCAAGGUGGCCAAAGAUGUGUCCGUGAGGCUUCACCACGAGUUGGAGAAGGUGGAGGAGACCCGCGCAAAGACGGAAGACGAGAACGAGAAGCUGAGACAGAGCCUCAUUGAGGUGGAGGUGACCAAACAAGCCCUGCACAACGAACUAGAAAAAACCAAAGAGAAACGGGGAGGGAAGGACAUUCAGAAGACAGACAAGAAAGCGGCGCAGACUCCCACUGAGGAGGACAACGAGGACCUAAAGUGCCAGUUGGCCUUGAUCAAGGAAGAGGCCAUACUCAUGAGGAGGAAGACGGCGACCAUCGACAAAGAGAAGGACCGUCUGGAGCAAGAGCUGCAAAAGUACCGCUCCUUCUACGGUGAAUUGGACAGCAGCCAUCCCAAGGGCGAGGCCGGGGGUCCGCCCUCCACCCGCGAGUCGGAGCUCAAGCUGCGCCUCCGCCUUGUGGAGGAGGAGGCCAACAUCCUGGGGAGGAAAAUAGUCGAGUUGGAGGUGGAGAACCGAGGCCUUCGAGCUGAGCUGGACGACCUGCGCGGUGAGGGCGAAGGGGAGGGCGGCUCCGGGGUCGGCUCAGCGGGGGGUCCUGGUUUGGGGCGAGGGCUCGGGGACGACCUGACGGAGCUCAGGCAGCAGCUGCAGCUGGUGGAGGACGAGGCGGAGCUUCUGAGGAGGAACCUCGCCGACGCGGAGGAACAGAACCAGAGGGUGACCAACGAGCUGAACAAGAUGCGAUUCAAAGCCGGCACUCACGAGGGCGGGGCCCGGCACGGGGGACUCUCGGGGGUAGGCGGGAUGGACGGCGCGAAGGCCGAGGCCCUGCAGGAGGAACUGAAGGCGGCCAGGCUUCAGAUCAAUGACCUAAGUGGCAAGGUGAUGCAGCUCCAAUACGAGAACCGCGUUCUGCUGUCCAACAUGCAGCGCUACGACCUGGCCUCCCACCUGUCGCUGCGGCCCAGUCCGAGGGACAGCGACGCCGAGAGCGACAGCGGCGGCACGAGCGGCCGCCGCGAAAGCGACGAAGAGUCCGCGUCCUCCCGCCUGCUCCCCCCUCACCGCAAACGCGAGGGCCCCAUCGGCGGCGAAAGCGAUCCGGAUGAAGUCCGAAACAACAACGGCGCCGGUCGUUGCGUGACACCCACCAGGGGUCUCCUCACUCCAUCCGGACCCGAAGGGGCCGCCUCCUCCCCGUUGGCUCGCUUCCUGCCUGGCGGACGGUGCGGUCUGCGUGACAGACAGCAGAUGAUCGACAUCCGCGUGGAGGCGGAGAGGCUCGUCCGGACCAUCGACCGACUGAUCGCCGACACGACGGCUAUCGUCUCGGAGGCGAGGGUCUACGUUUCCAACGGCGAGCUGGGGCACGGCGGCGAGGACGACGCGGGCCGGAUCAGGGAGCACGAGCUGCUGUAUCACAUCAUCUCGCAAAUGAAAGCCUUCAGGAAGGAACUACAGGCUUUCGUCGAGAGAUUGCAAGCGCCCAGGCUGGAGGACAGGAAUACUGAGGAGCCGUUGUCGAUGUUCCAGCCAAUCAUUUUGUUCAUCCUCAUACUCGUGCUGUUUUCCUCCCUCUCCUACGCCACCAUCUUUAAGCUCGUCUUUCUCUUCAUCCUUUUCUUUGUUCUGUGACUCAACGGCCCCCCGCCACCCCGCCACUGCUUUCUUUAUCGGCAUGCAUCCCCUGUCGGUUCUUCUCUGUUGAUUUGACUUUUUUUUUUUGUGGUUUUUUUUUGUUCCUUUCCCUCUCACCGCAUUAUUUGUUGCCAAGGUUCCCAAAAAGCACAGGGGAAAACGCUCCACUUCCCUGCCACGUUCCCGUUUUCCUUAACACCCUACGGAAUAAGUCCCAGGAGAA